AUGUCUACGCUCAAGGCGGCAAGGGCCGAUAACUUUUACUACCGGCCGGAUGGAGCCAGCUGGGAGGAGCAGCGUCGGCGUAUGCGCAAGACGCCUAAGCGGCCGCGCAACCACUUUAUCGGCUCGACCAGAAGCUACGCCGGAGACGCUGGCGCGGCGGACAGCACGCACGUCGGGGCCGACGACGAAGCCCUCGAGCCCUUCCGUCGCGGCUCCGGGCGCGGCCCCGUCAUCCGCUUCGAAAUGCCUUUCAAGGUGAUAUGCCUCAGGUGCGAAGCCUUCAUCGCAAAGGGAGUCCGGUUCGACGCUGAGAGGAAGGCGGUCGGCAACUACUUCUCCACUAAGAUCUACUCGUUUUUGAUGAGCUGCCAGUUCUGCAACAACCCUAUCGUCAUACAGACCGACCCGCAGAACACCGACUACCUCUGCAAGGUCGGAGUGCGCAAGAAGGUUGAAACGUUCGACACUGCCGAUGCGAAAACGUUGGAGCUUGGUCACGACGAUGCAACCAAGCAGCAGCUCAUGUCCAACCCGCUGUUCAAGCUAGAGUGCAUGGCUCUGGAGGAGGAGGCUGCCGCCAAGGGGGGUGCUGCUGGCGAGCACGUGCCGCCCCAAACGGAUCACGCUAGAACCCCAAUGGGAGAUGACGGCAAACGCGCAGGCGCCAAGGCACUGGUUCCAGCGUCAGGUGUUGGCCGCCUGAAUCCCAGGGAUGCGGCGAUAGGCUCCAGGGACGGAACUGCGGCGCCGAUAAUCGACAGCAAACUGGACGACCUGCUGAGGAUAAACGAGGUUAACAGCGGCGACUGGUUCAUCGCCAAUUCCGCGUUGCGCAAAAAGUUCCGCGAGGAGAAGAAAAGUUUGAAAACCAUCGCCAACUUCAACCUGAAACUGGUCGACGAGAACGAAAAGGACGUGCAGGAAGCCCGCAAAAUAACGUUCCUAUCGCAAUCGAGCAGAAUAAAAGCGCAUUUUAAGCGCAUAAUCAAGAAGGAUUCGGGUAUAUUUUCGCGCACAUGCGCCUCCUCCACCAGCGGUGAUUCCACCAUCGACGAUAAGCGCAGGAGGCUUCAGUUCAUAAAGCACGUUGACUCGAAGUUGAGAAUGAGUGCCAAACGCAUGGCGUGA